AUGGACAUGCAUCAGUUUUCGCCGGGUCUCUUGUCGUACCCAGAACCACCCGAAUUUGACUAUUCGUCAUUCCUCCAGGGCGAGGAUAUUCCCUUUCACGAUCCGUCGCACGGCGGCCACUCCGGCGGGCACUUGUCCGAGUCGUCGGGCAAGUUAACGCCGCCCAGCUCCGGCUCCGACAAUAGAAGCACGGCGAGCGGUGCCACGGAUAUGGUCGCACGCCGGCAACCGGCGCAGAAGCAGAGGCUGGAGAGGCGGGGCCACACCAAGAGCCGCCGCGGCUGCUACAACUGCAAGAGGCGGCGCAUCAAGUGUCAAGAGACUCGUCCGGCCUGUGGACACUGCGUCAAGACGGGCCUCAAGUGCGAAUACCCCUCCAUGCCCCAGAUCACACAUCAGCCUCACAAUCAGAUCCCACUCUUCAGCCUGCAGGACAUGCGUUUCUUCCAACACUUCCUCACUCAGUGCUACCCACAUCACCCGCUUAGGCAGGAGGAGAUCUGGACGCACGAGAUCCCCUGUAUAGCCCACAAUCACGAGUUCCUGAUGCAUGCAAUUCUGGGCUUUGCGGCCUCGUCGCUCACGCCCACAGACAGCAGCCUAGUGACGGCAGCAAUGAACCACCGAAUCAAAGCCAUCAAAGCCAUCAAAAAGCGACUCAGCGAAGCGUCGAAGAGCGACACGACAUACGAGGAGGCCAAUGCGCUGGUCGCGACGUGCUUCGCCCUGACGUUCCAGUCGGUGAGCCUGGACGACGGGCUGGCCGAGUACAUGACGUUCAUCCGCGGCAUUCUAAUCGUGGGUAUGCAAAUGAUGUUCAAGGGCAUUAAACCAUUGUUCACGACGCUGUUCAACGACAAACAAAACGAGUUGAUGGCGCCACUGAUGCAGGACAUGCCGUUGAUCGAGAGAGGCUGGGUGGACGGUGCGGUAGAAGCUAUUUCGAACCUGCGGCCGCUUUGUGUCGAUCCCAUCGAGGUGGAAUACUAUGAGCAGUUGAUUGGGAUUGCGGAGAAGCUUUAUACAAACUCUUUUGAUGCGUACAAGGCCAACUCGAGAGAAUACGCUUGGUGGAUGAUGCUGCCGCACGGUUCGUUCCAGGAGCUCAUCAAUUUCAACCGGCAGACGAUUGUGCUACUACACACGCACUGGAUUGCGCUGGCGCAGAUUAUGGCGUUUAUCACAGAGCGGGAGCACGACCUGCGGGAGAAGAUGCCCCUGAAGCAGGAGGACGAAGCGGAUCCGGGAUUCGUGAGAUGGCUCAAGUACCUCAACGCGCGCGUCGACUACGAGCACCAGCUAUACAACCAGUGGCCGAUGUGGGUAGACGAGCAGUUGGAUCGGGACAUGUCAUUUUUUGGAAAGCGGGUAUGA